UUAAUAGAUUGUAUAGGAAAUGUUUACUCAUUAAAUAAUUAAAUUAUUUAAGAGUAUCCUAAUGAAAGAUUUUAUUACACUUCCUGUGCUGGUUAUUUCAGUGUUUUUGGGAAUUUGGGCGCUCGGUACACAUUCUUGGAUUGUUUAUGAUGUAGCAGGUACUACUCGGUUUGGACUUAUUUACAUUUGUAUUCAAUUUUUGAACCUAAAGGAUGAAGAGUUUUGUGAAGAGUUCAACUCACCUUCAUUUUGGGUGGCAUCUUUUAUAUUUAUAAUUAUUGGGUUAUGCCUUGAUAUUGGGUUUCUCAUUCUUUUGAUUUUAUCAAGAUGGCAUCAUUCAUCGGAAAAACUUGCACGGUUAGUGGGAGUGACUGCAAUGGCUGCAUUUUACUGUGCUGCAAUAUUGUUUCCGUGUGGAUUUGGUGCAGAUGAAAUUGGAGGUGAACCAUAUAAACUCCCGCCAACCGCAUCCAUAGGUUAUUCAUUUUUUUUGUUUUAUGCAUCUCUCAUUUUGCUGACAAUGGUUGUCUUUUUUUAUAGUUGGAGCAUUAUAAGAAGAAUUGUGCUUAGAGAUAUAAGAUAAUCAGAAAUUUGUUAUGGAAUUGGGUUGGUAUUCGUUUCAAAUAAAACAUUUAUAAUCCUUACUUGUGUCUGAAAAUACUUUGAUUAAAUGGAAAUCAAUUUCUUUACGAUUAGUUGGAAAAGUAAUGUGCAAAACAUCACAAAACUAACACGUAUAUAUUACAUUUAUAAGGUGUUGCAAUCAAGCGGCACGUUCUAAAAAGAAAUUUUGUACGCUCAUUUGAUCUAUAUUGGAUUAUCAUGAGUUUUGUUAUGAAACUUUUAACUAAAAUAAAAUGUGUACAUGUGUUGAGAGCAAAUAAUAGAGAUAUUAGAAAAACAUGAUUUAAUAAGAAUUUUUAUCUGGUA